CGGCGCUGGCGGUGGCGGCGGCCGAGGGCCCCAACGCGAGCGGCGCGGGUGACGGGGGUAGUGGCCGGGGCGCCAACACCUCGGUCCCCGCCUGGGGGCCGCCGCCCGGCCAGUACUCCGCAGGUGCCGUGGCGGGGCUGGCGGCCGUGGUGGGCUUCCUCAUCGUUUUCACGGUGGUGGGUAACGUGCUGGUGGUGAUCGCUGUGCUGACCAGCCGAGCACUGCGCGCCCCGCAGAACCUCUUCCUGGUGUCGCUAGCCUCGGCUGACAUUCUGGUGGCCACGCUGGUCAUGCCCUUUUCGCUGGCCAACGAACUCAUGGCCUACUGGUACUUCGGGCAGGUGUGGUGCGGGGUGUACCAGGCCCUGGACGUACUCUUCUGCACGUCGUCCAUCGUGCACCUGUGCGCCAUCAGCCUGGACCGGUACUGGUCGGUGACGCGGGCGGUGGAGUACAACCUCAAGCGCACUCCGCGCCGCGUCAAGGCCACCAUCGUGGCCGUGUGGCUCAUCUCGGCCGUCAUCUCCUUCCCGCCUCUAGUCUCUUUUUACCGCCGGCCGGAAGGCGCCGCCUACCCGCAGUGCGGCCUCAACGACGAGACCUGGUACAUCCUGUCCUCCAGCAUCGGCUCCUUCUUCGCACCCUGCCUCAUCAUGGGCCUGGUCUACGCCCGCAUCUACCGCGUGGCCAAGUUACGCACGCGCACGCUCAGCGAGAAGCGCACCCCCGCGGGCCCCGACGGCGCGUCCCCGACUACGGAGAACGGGCUGGGCACGGCGGCGGGAGAGAACGGGCACUGCGCGCCCCCGCGCGCCGAAGUGGAGCCUGAUGAGAGCAGUGCCGCGGAGAGGCGCCGGCGCCGGGGCGCGCUGCGGAGAGGAGGUCGGCGGCGCGCGGACGUCGAGGGGGACCCGGGUGGCGCGGAUGGGCCCGGGCCUGGGCUGGCGGCCGAACAGGGGGCGCUGGCGGCGUCGCGGUCCCCGGGCCCCGGAGGACGCCUGUCCCGCGCCAGCUCGCGCUCCGUCGAGUUCUUCCUGUCGCGCCGGCGCCGUGCGCGCAGCAGCGUGUGCCGCAGGAAGGUGGCCCAGGCGCGGGAGAAGCGCUUCACCUUCGUGCUGGCCGUGGUCAUGGGCGUGUUCGUGCUGUGCUGGUUUCCUUUCUUCUUCAGCUACAGUCUGUACAGCAUCUGCCGCGAGGCCUGCCAGCUGCCGGACCCGCUGUUCAAGUUCUUCUUCUGGAUCGGCUACUGCAACAGUUCGCUCAACCCGGUUAUCUACACCGUCUUCAACCAGGACUUCCGGCGGUCUUUCAAGCACAUUCUCUUCCGAAGGAGGAGAAGGGGCUUCAGGCAGUGACCCCUCCCACCCCCGAGCUUCCGGACUGCACUGACUACCGGCAGGCAGAAGGGCCCGGCCUCCCCCAAAGUCCAGGGUGUGGCAGGACUCCAGGGCGCGGCCAACAGAAGGUGGGCCAGAUACACCUGGGCCCCAGGGAGUAGGGGGAGAAAGGGGAGACCCCUUUGCCUUCCUGUCUCAGCAAGGGGCUGGGGUAUAGAUCCAGUUUCUGAGGUCGCUGCUGUGGAGAGUGGCUGUGAGGUUAGGGUUUUAGAUGGCAGAGGGCUUGCAACCCUCAAACUGGUGAGAAGGGAGGCCCCCAAACUCCCACCUCAUGUUCCCUGUGAACAGGGGCUGACUCUCCCUGACCUAAAAAAGGCAUCUGUCUUGGGGAGGGGAGGGGAGGAGAAAGAGGGCACUGACAAUCUCUGAUUACUGAGAGUAUUUAAAUGUUUGCCAAAAACAACGACAGCCAAAACAACCAAACUAUUUUCUAAAUAAACCUUUGUAAUCUGUGUUGGGUGCAGCCUCGGUCCUUAAGCCUGGGUGUGGGGGAACUCUCCAGACCUUCCUCUGAGUCUCCCCCCCAAAACACACUGCAGUAUGAAAGAGGG